AUGUCCUAUUUUAAUAACCACAUAAACAAUAACAAUAACAACAAUACCAAUAAUGACAGUGUUAUAAACAAUUCUACAAUUAACAAAAAUAGUUAUAUGGAUAAUAAUUUUAAUAUCAAUGAUAAUGAUAGCGAUGAUAUUGAUAUUUAUAUUGACUAUAUAGAUAAUAAAAAAACAAAUUUACAAAAUAAUAAACACACCAGCACCCAUAAGAGUGAUUAUUUUAACAACAACAACAACAACAACAACAACAACAACAACAACACUUCAUAUAACAAUAACACAAAUCUAAUUAAUAAUAGUAAUAAUAAAAAAACAGAAAUAGAUAGCUUUGAUUAUUUAGACGAAUCAGAUUUCUAUGAUGAUAGCGAUAUUUUAAUGAAUGUUAUCCACAGUAAAGAAGAUCCCCUUAAUCAAGAACAAUCAGAAAACAAAUUUCAAGGUAAACAUAAAAGACAAAAGAUUAACAAUGACAUCCUCUUUGAUGAAUUUGAUUUUGAUGAAAAUGUACCUGUAGCCACAACAAACAACACCUUUCAAAACAAAAACCCAUCCACUCUCAAUAAAUUUAAUUUAAAUAGCAAUACAUAUAAUAUUAAUAAUUUUAAAGAAAUAUCAUUUGAAAAAUCAAAUCUUUAUACACCAGCAGGGCUAAAUAGCAAUAGCAAAUCUAUAGAUAGUAUUUUCUCUAAAUCAAACAAUAGUAACCCAUCAAUCACAAAACCACCAUCAUCUACUACACAAAGAAAUAAAUCUAAAACCCCAAAAACAAAUAUUAAUAAUGAUGAUGAUAAUAAUAUUAUUGAAGGAUCAAUUAUUAAAAACAAAAUAAAAAAUAAUAUCAAAAACUGUAUAGUUUCAAUUUAUGAAAACAAAACAAGGGAAAUUGGUUACUCAUCAUAUAAUCAAGAAACCGGUGAUUUUGAAAUUGGUCAAUUUUGCGACUCUCAAACAUAUUACCAUCUAUAUAACAAAAUAUAUAUUUUAAAUCCAUCAAUAAUAAUAAUCCCUCCCAUUGAACAAACAAGAGAAAUGGUAAAAAUGGUAGAAUCUCGCUUUCCUGCAAUUAAAAUCAUCCCAAUUGUUAGAAAACUCUUCAACAAUAAUGACGGGAUGGCAAUGAUCAAACAGUAUUGUCUAAUUGAUAAAUUCUCUAUCAUCGAAAAAUUUACAAAAGAAAAACUACUGGCCCAGGCAAGUUUCUCUGCAAUACUCAAAUAUUUAGAACAAGAAAUUAGCUUUGUAAAGAAUUGUGUCAAGAUAGAGUAUUCUGGGAGCGAAAAUUCUAUACAGAUCGAUGCCGAAACAAUAAAAAAUUUAGAAUUAAUUCACAACUCAAAAGAUGGUAGUAGAAACUGUACACUUUAUGAGGCAAUUAACAAAACCAAGACUGCUCAAGGUUCGCGUCUUUUAAUUAGUGCCAUUGUUCAACCAUCAAAUGAUCUAGAAAUUAUACAAUACCGUCAAGCUGCAAUUAAAGAAUUUAUGGCAAAUGAAAAAACAACUUUUAUAUUAACACCCAUUCUUUCAAAAAUUGAAGAUAUAGAUAAAAUACUAUUACAUUUUUCACAAAAUCAUAAAAAAACUUCAACAGUCAAACUAAUUGAAACAUAUAUUAAAAAUUUUAUCGACUUUAAAAAUAUUUUUGAAGCUUUACCAAAAAUAGUAAAUUUAUUAAAUCCAAUGACUAGUCCGAUGCUAAAAAUAAUUAACAACAAUUUAAUAAACAAAACUAUUGAAGAACUAAAAAAAGAAAACUUUAAAAUCAUCAAUGAAAAGAUUCCAGUUAUCAAAUAUGUAGCAUCCCAUCACUCAAAGGUUGUUUAUUAUAUUAAAGAUGGUGUUAAUGGACUAUUGGAUGUUUGCAAGAAAGCGUAUACAGAUAUUUUAAACGACAUCCAAACAUUAACCAAAUUUUAUCAAGAUCAAUUAAAACUACCACUUCUAAAGCUUCACUAUUGCUUAACAAAAGGAUACUACUAUUCUCUACCAUGCAAAAAUAAAACCCUCUUUCACUUACCAAAUCCAUUUAUUAGAGCCACCUAUAGAAACCAGAAAUGCUAUUUCCUUAGUGAGGAGAUUAUAUCUUUAUCUCGUCGUUCUAAAGAAGUCUUUGAAGAAAUUAUUGUUUUAUCUGCCCAGUCAAUUGAAAGUUUAAUUGAGUUUUAUAGAGCACGUAUCUCGGAGCUUUACAAUCUUUCAGAAUCAAUUUCUCUUUUAGAUUUCUUGAUCUCUGGAUCAUACUAUGCACUAGGUUUAGAGAAUUGUGUUACACCAGAAAUAUUCGUAAACGGUCCAUUGGGUAUUAAAAGCGGUUAUCAUCCAAUCCAACUAAAAAAAUCAAAAAAAUCAACCAAUCCAACAGACUUUGUACCAAAUGAUACACUUAUCAAUGAAACCUCAAAUUUCCAAUUAAUUCAUGGUCCCAACAUGUCUGGUAAAUCAACAUAUAUUCAACAAGUUGCACUUUUAACCAUUGUUGCUCAUAUUGGCUAUUUAUUACCCUGUGAGUUUGCUUCGGUUCCAUUGAUUGAUCAAAUUAUAAGUAGAAUUGGUACAUCUGAUAAUAUAGAAUCAAAUGCAAGUACAUUCAUGACUGAAAUGAAAGAAAUGUCCUAUAUUUUAGAAAAUGCGACUCCAAAUAGUUUAGUUAUUGUCGAUGAAUUAGGUAGGGGAACCUCAAAUAUGGAUGGAUCAUCAAUAGCAUGGGCAAUAAGCGAAAAACUAUCAACAAUAGGUUGCUACACUCUUUUCGUUACCCACUAUCCACAACUAAUGAAUCUUGCAAUCUUUUAUCCAAAUAUUAAAAUAUAUCAUUUUCAAGUAUCAAGAGACUCAAUUGGCUUAAAAUACAACUAUCUCCUCUCUGAAGGUAUCUCAUCAGCUAAUAGAUCAUAUGGUAUAGAUACUGCAGAGUUGGCAGGAAUUGAUUCAAACGUUAUCCAAAUUGCUAGAAUGAUCAAAGAUGUUUUAGACUCUAAUACUGGUCCAGAAAAAUCAACUCUUGACUAUUACCACCCCCAUAGGGAUUCAUAUACCUUGGUCCAAAAACUAUUAAAUUUAAAAAACUCCAAACAAAAUGAAACACAAUUAAAAAACUAUUUACUAAAAUUAAAAAACGAUUUUAAUUUUAAAUAA